GUGCUGUAUUGUUGUUCUGUAACGAGUAGUAUAGGAACCAUUCCCGUGACUAACCUCCCUGUGGAUUUAGUACCUGACCCGUAACUCUCCAGUUAUAAGUCCAGUUACAACGAUAGUGUUUGUUAUAGUUGUGUGAUAAGCGAAACUCGCAAUCUCGAUGUGGUGACGUAGCGUUGUUCUGGUAUUGUGGUGUCGAGGGUUUAUGUUUGUAGGGGCUCACUGGGUAAAAGUUUUAUGGUCUAGUUGUGAUAGUAAGGGGUUACCAGAAUUCGGCACAUAGAUAGAUAAGACUAGGAGCGGUACUCACAAUCCAGUGUGUGGUGCCGAUGGUGCGCGGAUCCCGGGGCCGCUAAACCGCAGCGCCACGCCAUGGGCCGCUGCGUGCGCGCGCUGCCCACGCUGCUGCUGUCCGUCAACCUGCUGCUCAUGGUGUUCGCGGGGGCGGCGCUGGCGACGGCGGCGCGGCUGAAGUGGGACCCAACGCUGUACGUGGCGCUGCGCGAGGUGUUCCCGCGCGAGUACCGCGUGGUGUGCGCGCUGCUGCCGGCCGCGGCCGCGCUGCUGGUGCUGCUGGCGCACGCGGCGCUGCUGGCGCUGCGCUGCCGGCCGCCGGCGCGGCGCGCGCUUUUGGCGACGUACGCGGCCGGGAGCCUGCUGCUGGUGGCGGGCGAGGUGGGCGCGACGCUGUGGGUGGCGGGGCGCGUGCGCGAGUGGCUCGGGUCGGCGCAGGCGGCGGAACUGGCGCACGCGCUGCGGACGAGCGAGUACCUGGCGCCACUGCUGCAGCACCUCGCCUACUUCCACCCGCUGCCGGAGCGGCUGCGCGACAUCCUGCGCGAGGCGGAGGAGGACGCGCCGCGGAACGCGUUCGCGGGGGGCGGCGCGGCGGCCGCGGUGGUACUGCUGCAGCUGCUGGCGGCGGCGCUGGCGCUGGCGGUGGUCUGCUCGCCGGGGCGUCGCGCCCGCCGCUGGUCGAAGACGCGCGACCCCGACACCGACACCACCACCACCCCGCUCAGCGUGCGUCGAGGGGAGGAGCGGGCGCCGCUUCGCGCGGUGUACAAGCAGGGCCGCCUCGUGCUCGUGUAGCGAGUAGCGGUCACCACCACCACGGACUGGACUCGGGACAUCACUCGCCAGCAAAUACUUUAUUGUUGUGAUAAAAGAUGGAGAAAAUUGUAGUUGGUACAUCUUUAUAGUUAAAAUUAAACUAGGUUAAACUACAGAUUUAUAAAAAAUACAACGUAGUUACUAUCA